CUUGUGCCAAAGUGAAGCAUUUCCCGCCUUUACGUGUCACCCAAAUCCCAACACACUCUCUAUUUAGCGUGUGAAAACCAAAGAGCCCCCACUCUCAUCAUCUCACUCCCUCUCUAGGGUUUCGCCGCCGAUUAGGAAACUUAUUAUGGGAUCAACCGCGGCACCACCCGAGGCCGCCGCCACCGCACCCAAACCCGAAUCUCCUUCGUCUUUCCCAGGAGCGACGAAGAAGAAGGGUAAAAAGGCUUCCCAAAAGGAAGUGCCUACCAGGGGUAGAGGUAAGAAGCGUAAUUCGCCUCCAGCUGACGAAGAGCAGACGCAGUCCCGCCGGAUGCCUAAGCGAGCUGCUGCGUGUAACGACUUUAAGGAGAGGUCUGUUCAUCUCUCUGACAAGUAUGCUUUCAUUGCGAGCAAGGAGGAGGAGAUUGUGUCGGAUGAAAGCCUUGCUGUAGUCAUGACUCGUGGAGAGAAGCCAGAUGAUGAGAAGCCAAACAGAAGAUUGACGCAGUUUAUCUUGCAUAAUGAGGAUGGUGUCGUACAGCCACUUGAGAUGGUGCAGCAUGGGGGUCUGUUUAUUACCGGCACUCUAUUACCUCUUGAUGAAAGUUCUGAGAAGGGAAAGGGCAAGAUAAAGGGUGUUAAAUGUGAAGGUUUUGGUCGAAUAGAAGCUUGGGACAUCUCUGGGUAUGAUGAGGGUUAUCCAAUCAUAUGGCUUACAACUGAUGUUGCUGAUUAUCGUUGUGUUAAACCUGCAAGCAGCUACAAGAAACACUAUGAUAAUUUUUGUGAGAAAGCGCGUGCCUGCAUAGAGGUCUACAAAGUACUGUCUAAAUGCAACUCUGACUGCAGUCUUGAUGAAUUACUUGCUGGCAUUGCUCGAUCAAUGAGUGGAAACAAAUUCUUUUCUGGCAGUGCUUCUAUCAAAGAAUUUAUCCUAUCUCAAGGUGUGUUUAUCUAUAGUCAAUUGGAAGGAUUGGAGGAGUCAUCGAAGAAGAAUGAUCGGGUAUUGGCACAGCUGCCUGUUCUCACUGCCCUCAGAGAGGAAUGUAUAAAGCAGGGACAUUAUGGGCCCUCAAAGCCAGCAGCUUCAAGUGGUACAUUGAAGAUUGCUUCAGAUGUCAGAGAUGGAGGGAAUGGUUCAUCCAUGGUUGAAAUUGAGGAAGAUGAAGAUGAAGAUGCAAAGUUGGCCAGACUAUUUCAAGAAGAAGAAUACUUCAAGUCUAUGAAACAAAAAAAACGUCAGGGUGCUGCCUGCACGUUGAAGAAAUUCUACAUCAAAAUUAACGAAGAUGAAAUUGCCAAUGAUUAUCCUCUACCUGCCUAUUAUAAGACGGCCAUUGAAGAGACAGAUGAAUUUAUAGUGGUUGACAGUGAGGAUGGUGAUCUCCCUACACAUGUGCUUCACAAUUGGUGUCUGUACAAUUCAGACUCGAGAUUGAUUUCACUGGAGCUUCUUCCAAUGAAGCCUUGUGCUGAUAUUGAUGUUACAAUUUUUGGUUCUGGGGUUGUGAGUGAAGAUGAUGGAAGCUGUGGAUUUGAUCUUGAUGCUGACGGUAUCCAGUCUUCUUCAAGUGGUUUGAUAGCACCAGUAGCACAGGAUGCUUAUGGCAUGCCAGUUUACUUGAGUUCCAUAAAUGAGUGGGUGAUAGAAUGGGGAGCCUCAAUGAUUUCAGUGUCAAUUCGAACAGAACUGGCCUGGUACAGACUUGGCAAGCCAUCAAAGAAGUAUGAGUUGUGGUAUGAACCAAUACUGAAAACAGCAAGGGUUGGAAGAAGUAUAAUCACAAUGCUCAAGGCAGAAAGUCGAGUGGCGCGACUCUCUUUUGCAGAUGUUAUUAAAAAAUUGUCAGAGUUCCCUAAGGAUAAUGGUGGUUACAUUUCCUCUGAUCCAGCAUAUGUUGAGAGAUAUGUGGUUGUCCAUGGACCGAUAUUAAUUCAGCUGUUUACAGAAUUUCCAGAUGCGAAGAUUAAAAAUUGUCCAUUUGUUCAUGGUCUUCGAGAGAAAAUGGAGAAGAGGCACCAUACUAAAUGGGAAGUAAAUAAGAAGAUUUUGCAGAAGGGUGAAUCAAAUUUGAACCCAAGGGCAUCAAUGGGACCUGUGGUAUCCAAGAGGAAGGCAAUGCAGGCUACAACAACUAAGCUGAUUAGCAGAAUCUGGCAGGAAUACUAUUCAAACUACUCUCCAGAAGAUUCUAGCCCAGUGGAAACUUUUGAAAAGAUAGAGGAGUAUGAAGUUGAUGAAGAGGUUCAAGAGGACAUAGAAGAGGAUGAUGCAGAGGAGAAUUCAUCAGAAAUGAAACAAGUCCAAAGGCCUUCUCCAGUUGUAAGAAAAAUCAAACCAUCCUCCAGUAGCAGGAAGAUUAUGUGGGGUGAGGAGCCUGUGGGAAAAACAUGUUCUGGUGAAGUUCUCUACAAGCGUGCUGUUCUUCGUGGAGAAGAGAUUUCAGUGGGUGGUGCUGUUUUGGUGGAAGUAGAGGGUUCAGAAGAACUUCCAGUUAUCUAUUUUAUAGAGUACAUGUAUGAAUCAUCAGAUGGAGAAAAAAUGUUCCAUGGCCGAAUGAUGCAGCGUGGAUCUGAAACUGUUCUUGGAAACACUGCUAAUGAGAGGGAGUUGUUCUUGACAAAUGAGUGCAUCAACCUGGCAUUAAAGGAUGUGAAACAGACAGUUGUUGUGGGUGUCAAGUUAAUGCCAUGGGGCCAUCAAUAUAGGAAAGAGAAUGCUGAUGCUGAUAGGAUUGAUAGAACAAGAGCAGAAGAGAGGAAGAAGAAAGGAUUGCCGACUGAAUACUACUGUAAAAGCUUGUAUUGUCCCGAGCAAGGUGCUUUCUUUAGUCUUUCUCGUGAUACAAUUGGUCUGGGGUCUGGUUUUUGCCUCUCUUGCAAAGUCAAUGAAGAGGAGAAGGCCAAAGAAGUCUUUGAAGUGAAUUCAUCAAAGACUGGCUUUAUGUACAGCGGAGCUGAGUACUCGGUUCAUGAUUAUGUCUAUGUAAGCCUCAGCCAUUUUUCUGUGCAAACGGUUGAAACUGAACUUUUCAAGGCUGGACGGAAUCUGGGAUUAAAACCUUUUGUUGUCUGCCAAGUGCUGGAGAUAAUUACUGCAAAGGGAUCUAAACAAUCUGAUUUAAAGUCUACCCAGGUUAAAGUUCGAAGGUUCUUCAGACCAGAGGACAUUUCGGUUGAGAAAGCAUAUUGCUCGGAUAUCAGAGAGGUCUACUACAGUGAAGAAUUACACAUUUUGCCUGUAGAUAGCAUAGAAGGAAAAUGUGAAGUCAGAAAGAAGAGUGAUCUUUCAGAAUGUAAUGCUCCCGCAUUGUUUCAGCAUAUAUUCUUCUGUGAGCAUCUAUAUGAACCUUCCAAAGGUUCUGUUAAGCAGUUGCCAGCUAACAUCAGGGUAAAGUAUACAACAGUAAGUGGUGAUACUGAAGCAAGAAAGAGAAAGGGCAAGUGUAAAGAAGGAGAAGAUGUUCCAGAAGUUGAGAAACAGAGAGAUGAUUCUGAACACAAACGCCUAGCCACUUUGGACAUAUUUGCUGGAUGUGGUGGCUUAUCGGAGGGAUUGCAUCAGGCUGGUGUCUCAGUAACCAAGUGGGCAAUUGAGUAUGAAGAGCCGGCUGGACAGGCUUUCCAGCUCAACCAUCCUGAGUCCAAGGUGUUCAUCAAUAAUUGCAAUGUCAUCUUGAAGGCCAUCAUGGACAAAUGCGGAGAUAUGGAUGAUUGUAUAUCCACUACUGAUGCCAAUGAUUUAGCUGCAGCCCUUGAUGAUAAAGUGAAAAGUGAUUUGCCCUUGCCGGGGCAAGUAGACUUUAUAAAUGGGGGUCCUCCAUGCCAGGGGUUUUCUGGUAUGAAUAGAUUUAAUACCGGCACUUGGAGUAAAGUUCAGUGUGAGAUGAUUUUGGCGUUUUUAUCUUUUGCUGAUUACUUCCGGCCAAAAUACUUCCUUCUGGAGAAUGUGAGGAAUUUUGUGUCUUUCAACAAAGGACAGACAUUCCGUCUGACUGUGGCUUCACUUCUUGAGAUGGGUUAUCAGGUUAGGUUUGGUAUUCUGGAAGCUGGUGCUUAUGGGGUUUCCCAGUCUCGAAAGCGAGCAUUUAUUUGGGCAGCUGCACCAGAUGAGAUUCUCCCUGAAUGGCCAGAGCCAAUGCAUGUUUUUGGGGUGCCAGAAUUGAAGAUCAAUUUAUCUAGUAAUUCAUAUUAUGCUGCUGUUCGGAGUACUGCAGGCGGAGCCCCUUUCCGUCCCAUAACAGUAAGAGACACAAUCGGUGAUCUCCCAGCUGUAGGGAAUGGAGCCUCCAAGGUCAAUCUGGAGUAUGAAAGUGACCCUGUCUCAUGGUUCCAGAAGAAAAUCAGAGGAAACAUGGCUGUCUUGACUGAUCACAUUUCAAAAGAAAUGAACGAGCUGAACCUCAUUCGUUGCAAGAGGAUUCCCAAAAGGCCUGGUGCAGACUGGAAGGACCUUCCAGAGGAAAAAGUGAAGCUCUCUACUGGCCAGCUAGUCGACUUGAUACCAUGGUGCCUUCCCAACACUGCCAAACGCCACAAUCAGUGGAAGGGCCUGUUCGGAAGGUUGGACUGGGAAGGCAACUUCCCAACCUCUGUCACUGAUCCUCAGCCAAUGGGUAAGGUGGGAAUGUGCUUCCAUCCUGACCAGGACAGGAUUAUAACAGUUCGGGAAUGCGCUCGUUCUCAAGGCUUCCCCGAUAGCUACCAGUUUUAUGGUAACACCCUCCACAAGCACAGGCAGAUAGGAAAUGCUGUCCCUCCAACUCUGGCUUAUGCCCUCGGCCGAAAACUGAAGGAAGCAGUUGAUAGCAAGAGGUAUUCUUCUCAAGAGUAGCUGCAGAGGUUUCAUAAUUCUCCCUUCAUGUUGUAAAACAAACCUGGAAUUUCUAUUCUCUUUGUUA